UUAUUUAAAUAAUAAAUUAAAAUGAUAGUGUUGACUUUUUCAAUUAUAUUUUUAUUCAUUUUUCUGCUCAAAAUUCGGUAUUUUCGCUGGGUAAAAAACAAGGUCUUACAGCGUGCCAGCUGUUUUUUAAACGAAAAAAGGACUGCUUCCAUUUCCCCCCAAAGGAUUCACCAUGGGGAUGAAAUCAAUAAAGAUAUAGCUGCUUAAGAUGUUCCUUAGGAUAAGUGUAAAUAGUUUAAUUUCUGUGGUGAUUGUGAUUCUGGUGGCUGUUUAUUGGUACCGAUUUCCAGGAAAGAAUGUUGCCGAAAAGUUGUCCCGAAGGCCACCGGAUCCGGAGGAUCCCCUGCCCCCAUCCAAUUCGCCACUUCUUCAGUUUUCCCAGGCUGCAAUUUGUUGCGACAGCGAUGUUUGCAGUCAGUUGGCCAAGAAGGUCCUUGAAAAAGGAGGCAGUGCGGUGGAUGCAGCCCUGGCUGCCUUAAUUUGCAAUGGAUUGAUAGGGAUGCAGAGCAUGGGAAUCGGCGGAGGCAUGGUGAUGAAUAUCUACAUCCACAAGGAGCGCAAAUCCUACAGUAUUUUGGCAAGGGAAAUCGCUCCUUUAUCGCUGAGCGCCAAGAACUUUUCGUCCUUUCAAAAGGAGGAGGAUCUAAAGAGGUCCAGUUGGUCCAUUGCAGUUCCCACUGAAAUGGCAGGAUAUGCACUAGCUCAUCAGAGAUUUGGAAAACUUCCCUGGGAGGAUCUAGUAAUGCCCACUUUGGAUUUAUGCAGAAAAGGCUAUCAACUCUACAAACACCAAUAUGAUGCUUUGAUUCUUAAUCAGGAAAUGAUUAAAAACGAUCCUUUAUUGCGCAGGAUGUUCAUUAAUCCUGAUUCUGGUAACUUUUGGCCCUUGGGUCAUUUGAUUCGUCCUUCUUCUCAAUUGUGCAACACCUACGAUCGAUUGGCAAAGGAAGGACCUCUUUCAUUCUACAAAGGAUCCAUUGCCGAUGAUUUGCUGGCCGAUUUAAAGGAUAUGGGAAGUGCUAUUGAGAGAGAAGACUUAAAUCGUGCUCAUGCCAAGUUAACUGAGGCUAUUGUAAUGCCUUUGGAUGAGUAUGAUCUUCAUUUGACUCCGCCGCCAGGAAGUGGUCACGUCCUGGGCUUCAUAAUGAACAUUUUGCGAGAGUUUCGAUCAGACUUCUCAAGAAACAAAGUUAUGAGUCCUAGAGAAAUCCACCUUAUGGUUGAGGCCAUGAAAUUCGGUUUUGUUAAGCGUUGGCAACUGGAUGAAGCAGCUGAUGAGGAGCUUUUAGCGAGUCUAACCAGUCAGCAAUUGGCCAAAUCCAUAGCCCAGAAAAUUAAUCAAUCACAUACCUUCGACAAUGCCGAAUUUUAUGGAGCUUCUUCUGGAAUUAAAAUACGUGAUGAGCACGGAACGGCUCACACUUCAGUUUUAUUCGGGAACGAUGCUGUUUCAGUCACCAGUUCUAUUAAUUUCUAUUUUGGCAGUGGCCGCACUGGAAAACGUACAGGUGUAAUAUUCAACAAUGCCAUGUCGGAUUUCUCCAUUGAGCAGCUGAAGAAUUACUUUGAUUUGCCAUUCGUUCCUGGUAAAAAUCAAGUAACUCCCGCUGCUCGUCCCAUGUCCUCGAUGAGUCCAGUGAUAGUUACAGAGAAAUCCUCUGGAAAAGUUCAUUUGGUCGUGGGUGCAGCUGGUGGAACCAAAAUAAUAUCCUCACUUGUUCCACUUCUCGUGCGAAUUCUUUGGCAGGAUGGAACCAUCAAGUCCGCCAUUGAUGCCAAUCGCAUCCAUCACCAAAUGUUGCCCAAUGUCCUGCUCUACGAAUACGGACUUUUGGAGAGUUAUGUAAAGACCUUGGAGCAGAAAGGACAUAAGUGUGAGCGAUAUGAAAAUCGAGGUUCCGUCAUCUGUGGAAUCACCCAAAAUAAUGAAACCAUUUGGGUGAACUCUGAUUUUAGGAAGCCAGGCGGUGUUAGUGGAUUUUAAAUUAACUGCUAAGUAAACGAAGGGGUUACAACUCAGAAAACGGUGUAAUAUGUUAAUAUCAGAUUAAGAACAUGAUGAAUAUCUAUAAUGUUAGUCUUAAGAUGAAAAUGUUCCUAACCCGGGAUAAAUUAAGAUGUGUAAAUACAAGCACAAUAUGCAUUAGGGCAUUUAC